AUGGCAGUGCUCACACUUCUCUGCAAAUCUCUGUUUUUUCUCUUCGUCUUAUCGUUCUUGAGUCUUCCUCUGGAAACCCGUUCAGAUUCAACUGACAACAUCAUCAAAACCUUCAUCUUUCGUGUCGAUGAGCAGUCCAAACCCUCCAUUUUCCCCUCUCACUACCAUUGGUACAGCUCUGCUUUUGCUGAUCCAGUUCAAAUCCUUCAUGUUUAUGACACCGUCUUUCACGGCUUCUCUGCUACUGUAACUCCCAACCAGGCAGCUUCCGUGCUUCGACACCCAUCUGUGCUCGCCGUCUUUGAAGAUCGUCGUCGUCAGCUCCAUACCACUCGUUCUCCCCAAUUCCUUGGCCUCCGGAAUCAGCAGGGCCUCUGGUCUGGUUCUGAUUACGGCUCCGAUGUAAUCAUCGGUGUUCUCGACACUGGAGUCUGGCCUGAGCGCCGAAGCUUCUCUGAUCGUAACCUCAGUCCUGUUCCAUCUCGGUGGAAGGGUAUAUGCGAGACCGGAGUUCAGUUUACUCCAGCUCAUUGUAAUCGGAAGCUUAUCGGGGCUAGGUUCUUCGCCAAAGGCCAUGAGGCGGCUUCGAGAUUGAAUGGAGCUAGCGAUAUUGAAUUGGUUAACGCCACUGUUGAGUACCGAUCGCCGAGAGAUGCAGACGGCCAUGGAACACAUACUGCUUCUACAGCUGCAGGUCGUCACGUGUUCAAGGCGAGCAUGGCCGGCUACGCUCAGGGGAUCGCCAAAGGUGUCGCGCCAAAAGCUAGAUUAGCAGUCUACAAGGUCUGUUGGAAGGGCUCAGGUUGCUUCGACUCUGAUAUUCUCGCGGCAUUUGAUCGUGCUGUGGCUGACGGUGUAGAUGUGAUUUCGAUCUCCAUUGGAGGAGGUGAUGGUGUUUCCGCUCCUUACUAUCUCGACCCAAUUGCCAUCGGAGCUUAUGGAGCCGUUUCGAAAGGGGUAUUCGUAUCUUCUUCCGCUGGUAACGAUGGCCCCAAUGGUAUGUCUGUAACUAACCUGGCACCAUGGCUUACUACUGUUGGAGCUGGAACUAUCGAUCGUAAUUUCCCGGCCGAUGUAAUCCUCGGCGAUGGACGGAAAAUCGCUGGUGUAUCUCUCUAUUCUGGUAAGCCACUUUACGGCAAAAUGUUCCCUCUGGUAUACCCUGGCAAAUCGGGGAUGCUCUCUGCUUCCCUCUGUAUGGAGAAUUCCCUCGAUCCAAAGCUCGUGAGAGGCAAGAUCGUAAUCUGUGAUCGCGGGAGUAAUCCGAGAGUCGCAAAGGGUUUGGUCGUCAAGAAAGCUGGUGGUGUUGGAAUGAUACUCGCCAAUGGAAUCUCUAAUGGCGAGGGUCUUGUAGGCGACGCUCACCUUAUCCCUACCGGUGCUCUCGGAGCCAAAGAAGCCGACGAAUUGAAAGCUUACGUUUCAUCUUCUAAAAAUCCGACGACGACAAUUGUCUUCCGUGGCACCGUCAUUGGCGUGAAGCCAGCACCGGUAGUGGCCUCUUUCUCCGGUCGAGGACCCAACGGUGUGAACCCAGAGAUCCUCAAGCCGGACCUGAUCGCUCCUGGUGUCAACAUUCUUGCCGCCUGGACUGAUGCAUUUGGACCUACCGGCUUAGAUUCCGAUACUCGCAAAACCGAAUUCAAUAUCCUCUCCGGUACUUCCAUGGCUUGCCCCCAUGUGAGCGGCGCCGCUGCGUUACUCAAAUCGGCCCACCCAGAUUGGAGCCCGGCAGCAAUCCGGUCUGCAAUGAUGACUACAGCCAGCAUUGUGGACAACCGUCUCCAACCCAUUACCGAUGAAGCCACUGGUAAGCCAUCGACGCCUUACGAUUACGGUUCUGGCCAUCUUAAUCUGGACCGAGCAAUGGACCCUGGACUCGUCUACGACAUCACAAGCGACGAUUACGUGACCUUCUUGUGUUCUAUCGGUUACGGGGAAAAUACGAUACAGGUGAUAACGAAGAUACCUGCGAGGUGCCCUCCGAGGAAACCAUCGCCGGGGAAUCUGAAUUACCCGUCGAUCACGGCGUUGUUUGAUUCAGCGGCGCGUGGGGUUUCGACCAAGACAUUGAUUCGAACAGUCACAAAUGUUGGACCAGCAAACUCGAUUUACAGAGUGGAGGUGAAAGCGCUGCCGAAAGGGGUUUCGGUGACUGUGAAACCAUCGAAGUUGGUGUUCUCCGAGAUGGUGAAGAAGCGCAGCUUCGCUAUGACGGUAUCGAUUGACAGUAGGAAUCUGGUCUUGGAUGAAAAUACGGGUGCUGUUUUCGGGUCUCUGUCGUGGUCGGACGGGAAACAUGUGGUUCGGAGCCCCAUAGUGGUCAGCGAGUUUCAGACUUUGUGAUUAUAUAUGUCUCAUGGAGGUUAGGU